AUGGCGGACGUAGCUAAAGCCGGGAGCGAGCCCGCGACAAACCCGCGGGGCAUCCCUGUGGCUCCGUUCAUCGAUCGAGUAGAAGACUAUGUGACCGACCGCUCCGAGGUGGAAUCCACCAUCAACAACUUCAAAGAGAUGAUCUCAAAAUACCAAUUCAUGCAGCAAAAUACACAAAGACGAGCUGCUGGUCUCAAAGACAAGAUCCCCGAUAUCCAAAAGACACUCGAGACAGUCCGCUUCCUCAAGUCGCGAAAGGAUGAUGCUGAACCGCUGGAGACAACGUUCGAAUUGAAUGAUACGCUCUAUGCGAAAGCAGAGGUUCCGCCUACAGACGAAGUGUAUCUCUGGCUCGGCGCAAACGUUAUGCUCGCAUAUCCCAUACCCGAGGCGGAGGAGCUGCUGCAAUCGAAGUUGGCCACGGCACGACACAGCUUGAGCACUUGUGAGGAGGAUUUGGAUUUCUUGCGCGAGCAGAUCACGACGCUUGAGGUUGCAUUCGCGCGCGUGUACAAUUGGGAUGUUGCGCAGCGGAGGAAAGAGAGGGAAGGUGGGGAGUCGAUAGAGGAGAAGAAGCGUGGAUCUCCUAACGGUUAA